GAGGGGGGCUCGGGUGUCCGGGGCCAUGGGCGCCGGGCUCCUCUUGCUGCUCUUGCUGCUGGGGGUUGAUUCAUCAGCAAUAUCUGAGCGAAGAGCAGAGCCCAGCAGCCACAGUUGUGGUGAUGGAGAAUAUCUGUAUUAUGACUACUGCUGUAAAUACUGUCCUGCUGGCACUUAUGUUGCUAACCACUGCAAGAUUCCCCAUACUGAAGGCGUUUGUAGCCAUUGCAGAGAUGGGGAGGAUUACACUGCUCAUGCAAAUGGCCUAGAUGAAUGCAUGCCAUGUAAACUGUGCAAAGAAGAUCAAGUAACUGUGAGGACCUGCACUUCAACGAGCGAUACUGAAUGUCAGUGCAAGCCAGGCUAUUUCUGCCCUACUCAAGGCUGUGAAAUGUGUUACAGAUGCAAGUCCAAGUGCCCAGAAGGGAAAGAAACUGUGCAGAAAUGCAAUGCAACAGUUGACCUGGAGUGUGACCAUCCACCCAAAGGGACUGAGAAUUCUGCAGCUUGGGUUGCUUGGAUUUUCAUCUUCAUGUUCCUCCUUGUAGUUGGAUUUGUUUUACUUAAGAUAAGGACAUCAUAUAAUAAAACAAAUAAAGAAAACAAAGAUGCAGAAAAAGAUGUGGAGUCUCAGGACAGCACUGAAAUGUUCUUUGCACCGGAGAAGAAGAAUGCUAAUGCUAAUACACCCAUUUCAGAGAUCCAAGACUCUGUUCAGAGUCCACCAGUUAAUAGUUCUGAUUCUGCGCUAAAAAGUGAAGUGCCCGAGGAUAACUGUGUUGUAUUUUCUGAGAGAAGUGGCCUACUGCUAAACGAUGAAAACAACUCAUGGGAAGGGCCUUCCCACAGGACUACAGAAUAUUCAGCACCAGUGAAGCCUCCAGAGAAACCUAAUUUUGCCUUUCACACAGGAUACUCUAAUAUGUCAAAUGUUGGGAUACCUAUAUCUCGGCUGGUCGGGGAUUCUGAAGCCAAGCCUCAUAUAGAAGUUAAAGACCUUUCCCAAGAAGGACUGAGUGACAUUCUUUAUUAUUUUAUAAAAGAAGUACCAUCAUGCAACUGGAACAUGUUUAUGAGAACUCAUCUAACAGAUAAUGAAAUUCAUAAAACAGUUUUUGACCAUCCGAAAAAUAUUGAAGAACAAUAUUAUCAGAUGCUAAUCAUUUGGAGAAACAAAUUUGGAAAUGAGGCUUCUAUUAUUAAAUUAUUAGAUAGUUUAUGGAAUAUAGGACUUAGAAGGGCCUAUGAAAACAUAGUAAAGUAUUUAAUAAGUAAGGAUAUUAUAACUAUACUAGAGGCUGAAGGCUAUUGAGUAUACUAUUAUCAACAAAAAACCAAAACGAAAAGAAUCUGUAAAUUCUAAAGACAUGUUUCUGUUUGUGACCUGCUUUAGUGCAUGUUGCCAUUUUUUUAAAUUGUUGGUUUGAGAAAACUGAAAAUAUCAACAUAAAACCUACUGGUAAAACAAACAGAGAAAUGAGUUCUGAUUUCUUCACUGCAACUCAUUUCAUCUAGAAUUGUUGUGUCUCAGAAAUGAAAAUUACAGUACUCAAUUUGUCGUUACUUAAACAUGACAAGCAUUCAAGUUGCUGAGUUCACUAAGAAUUUGUCCUGAAUUGUAAUAUACUAAAUAAACUCAGGUACCCUUUUCAUGUUGGGUUGAGGAAAGAACAUAGGUUUACACUGAACUAUAUAAUAAACUUUAAAUGUUAUGUCUUUCCAAAUGAGAACUGUAAGGUUAUUUGUAUAGUAAUUGGAGGGAGUGACAUUUGUUAUGGACGAUUUUGAAGCAUAUUAUUUGUACUGAUAAACAGGAAUAAACAACAUCCAGAAUCCUCAGUUAUUUUUAUAUGCAGUGAAGAAUAUGUUUGAGAACACUGUAAUUUGAAGAGAUCCGUAGAGUUUAAGGUCUGAAUGGGCCAUUAUACCAUUUAGUCUCGUCUCUUGUGUUACUCGGGUCAUAAAAUUUCACCCAGUGACCCUUGUAUUGAGGGCAAUAACUUGUGUUUGGCUAAAGAAUAUCUUCCAAAAAGGCAUCCUAUCAAAAUAUGAAGACAUCAGGAGAUGAAGAAUCCACCAUAUCUCUUGAGAAUUUGUUCCAAAGGCUGAUUGCACUCUCUGUUAGGAGUUUAUGCCUUAUUUUUUAUUUGAAUUUAUCUAGAUUUAGUUUCUAGACAUGAUUCUUAUUUUGCCUUUCUCUGCUAGAUGAAAGAGCCCUGUAGUACCCAGUAUUUUCUCCCCUAGAAAGUGCUUCUUUACUGGAAUCCAGUGCCUCAUCUUUUUGAUAAGCUAAGAAAGUCUUCCACAUAAAGCAUUUUCUCGUGCGCUUGAAUAAUUUUUGUAGUUCAUCUCAGUAACUUUCCAAUUUUUCAACAUCCUUUUUAAAAUGUGCACACCAAAACUGUAAGCAUUAUUCUGCUAUUGAUCUCCCCAGUGCCACAGAAAUAAAAUCACUUCUUACCUCACUAACCUGUUUAUGUAUACAAAGAUUACAUUAGCCUUCUGCUACAGCAUCACACAGAGAUGUUGGUGUGGGAUUUUUAUUUAUUUAAUUAUUUUUUUACUGUGCCCUUAAAUCUUUUCCAUGGGCAUUGAUUUCCCUAUUCUCCUUUCUGUCCGUAUGGCCUGUAUUCCUUGUUUCUAGAUGUAUAACAUUGCAUUUGUCUUUGCAAAAUGCAGUUGUUUGAAUGGGCCUGGUUUACUAAUAAACAGUAUGUAAUCAGUAUAUGUAACAAUCUAUAAAUCUGGUUUUAACCAUUUAAAUACUGUAUUGUUUUUAUUGUCCAAUCUAAUGAAAUUAUGCAAAUAGAAUUUCUACUUCAAACUUCUGCUUGUUGAAUAUGUACUUUUAUAUAUUUUUUCUAUUAAAAGA